GCCAUCGAGGCCAACUCGCAGUACUUCCACCUGGCCGCGUGGGCCGUGCCGGCCGUCAAGACCAUCACCAUCCUGGCCAUGGGCCAGAUCGACGGCGACCUGCUGAGCGGCGUGUGCUUCGUGGGCCUCAACGGCCUGGACCCGCUGCGCGGCUUCGUGCUGGCGCCGCUCUUCGUGUACCUGUUCAUCGGCACGUCCUUCCUGCUGGCCGGCUUCGUGUCGCUCUUCCGCAUCCGCACCAUCAUGAAGCACGACGGCACCAAGACGGAGAAGCUGGAGCGGCUCAUGGUGCGCAUCGGCGUCUUCUCCGUGCUCUACACCGUGCCCGCCACCAUCGUCAUCGCCUGCUACUUCUACGAGCAGGCCUUCCGCGAGCACUGGGAGCGCUCGUGGGUCAGCCAGCACUGCAAGA